UCAUGAAAUCUAGUUAUGCAUAUUCUUUUUUCAUCUUGCUGCCUUCCUUGUCAGGACAUUCUAAACCAGGCUCAGGUUCUUUCCCCACGGGCUGUAGUCAUUGAUUCCAUUCAAACGGUCUAUCUGAGAGAAGCGACUGGAAAUGCUGGGAGCCAUGUCCAGGUGAAAGAAUGCACUUCGGCCUUACUACGAUUUGCAAAGAAGACAAACAUACCGAUACUUUUGACUGGCCAUGUGACUAAAGAUGGAGAAAUUGCUGGACCUCGUGUCUUGGAGCACAUUGUUGAUGUUGUUCUAUAUAUGGAAGGUGAGAAGUACUCAUCACAUCGAUUGCUUCGGUCAGUGAAGAAUCGUUUUGGAUCCACAGAUGAGGUAUUAGAUGGAUUUAGCAACAGUUCUUAGUUUUUUUAUGUCCAUUCUUCUUUAUGCUGCAAUCGUAAAUCUGUCAGAUGCCAUUACUAUUUAAUCAUAUAUUAAAAAGCCACAGUCUCACCGAUCGUUUAUUUGCAACUUUAGUCACUGACAUCAAAUUUCACUUAGUGACAUGCUGAUCAUUGAUGGCAAUUUUCUAGAACCCCCCAUCGCCAAAUGUUUCUGAUCUUUUCAUCUAUAUACUUGACACUUUCUUUCCCAUACGAAUACUAUUGCCAGCUGUUGGCAUAUUCAACAGUACCCUGUGCUUCGUAGUAUCUCUG